AAGAAAAAGAGUUAAAAAAUAAAAUAAUAAAAAAAAUAUACACACAAAAAAUCGAGUGCAAUUUGUUGGGUGAAUUUUGUUUGAAUUGUUAAGUUAUCAAUAAAUGCAAUGACAGCAUUACGUGAUGCGAUUCGUGACUCUACAAGAGAACUAUUAAGGAAGAUAGGGAACUUCUUUCAACGAUGCUUGACCUUAUUGUUGUCUUACUUUCGCCGUCAAGAAGCAAUCAAACUCACGGUUUCCCAAUUAAUUACAGUUACGUUGAUCGAAGUAAUUUCUCACCUAAGUAUAUACAUAUACCAACCGAAAAAGAGCAGCAUGGAAAACCUCGGCUUCUCCGCGGACACGCAAAACGACGACCAAGUACGGGUUCUGACGCUGAACAAGGGAGAACACCAAGACGGCACGUUGUUUAAGCUCAAAAAAGGAUGGAUCGUCGAGUUCAGGCUGGGAGCCUCGCUCCUUGGGCGCAGCGUGACCGUUUUCACGAACCAUCCUCCGAUGAGCGGCAGUCCGUUUGAGAGGUGCACCUACUAUCCUCUGCCCUGGAACCACGAGUCCGCUUUUUUGCGCACUCUACUGGCCGGCUCUUUUCACUAUUACAUUGCUGAGACGAGUGAAGACGAAAAGGCUGGAAAAGUCGUCGCGUCGGGUUACCUGCUCGUCGAUCCCGAGCUAACGGUGGGCGCGGACAAGGAGCCUCUGCCGCUGGACUGCCUACAAUGCCACACCGUACUUUCCAAGCUGAUGGGACCCUUCUCCACUUGGGAAGACAAGCUGAGAGUCUCUUACGAGGCUGGGUACAACAUGAUUCACUUCACACCAGUGCAGGCACUCGGAGGAUCCAAAUCAGCGUACAGUCUGAGUGACCAGUUGAAGCUCAAUCCCUCGUUCCACGAGCCGAGUAGGGAGACGACAUUCGAAGAUGUGGAAAAGUUGAUAAAGAAAAUGCGCCAAGAAUGGAAGGUACUGAGUAUCUGCGACAUCGUGCUGAACCACACGGCAAACGAGAGCCCGUUCCUGACGAACAAUCCCGAGUGCACGUACAACUGCGCCAACUCGCCCCACCUCCGGCCGGCGUACCUCUUGGACGCCAUCUUGUUCGAGAUGACCGUGCAGGUUGCCGCGGGCGAGUGGGAAAACCGGGGCAUUCCGUCCAUCGUCGAAACCGAGGAUCACUUGAACUCGAUACGGCACGCCUUGCACACUUACUUCCUGCCGCUGGCGAAGAUUCAGGAGCUGUUCGUCGUGGACGUUGACGAAAUCGUAGCCGAGUUUCUGAACAUUGCUCGUGGCCAAAUUCCCGAAGACGAGGCCGCGCUCCUCAAGGACAAAAGUAUCUCGGUCCUCAGGGACCCCGAGUAUCGCAGGCUGAAGUCCAGCAUAGACAUGCACCUGGCCCUGAAGCUUUACAACACUUACCGGGCUGACUGUUUCGACGAGGAUAGCCGACUGAAAAAGUGCGCCGAAGAACUCAGGAGUAAACUUCAAGAGCUCAACGAUGCCAUUGCCAACGAGGUGCGAAACAAUCUCAACGCUGCUGUGGAAAACUCCAUUGCUGGAAUACGAUACUUCCGAGUGCAAGCGGAUGGACCGAGGCUGAAGGAAAUCAGCGAGAGGAGUCCCCUCGUGCCGAGGUACUUCACGGAUUAUGGUACUCCCCGGUCGUUUGUCGAAAGAGAGGAGAUCAUGUUCUCGGACAAAAGUUGCUACUUGAUGGCUCACAAUGGGUGGGUCAUGAACAGCGACCCGCUGAAAAACUUUGCCGAUCCCGACUCCCACGUUUACACUCGGAGAGAGCUGAUAGCGUGGGCUGACAGCGUGAAGUUGAGAUACGGUGACAAGCCAGAAGAUUGUCCGGCUCUUUGGCAACGUAUGACAAAGUACGUCCAGCAAAUGGCAAAAAUUUUUGAUGGCGUCAGACUCGACAAUUGCCACUCCACGCCUAUUCCGGUUGCAGAGUACUUGUUGGAUGCCGCCAGAGCAGUCAAGCCCGAUUUGUUCGUCGUUGCCGAGCUCUUCACGAAUUCAGAUCAAAAGGACAAUAUAUUCGUCAACCGGCUUGGAAUCACGUCGCUGAUCAGAGAGGCCAUGUCAGCGUGGGACAGUCACGAAGAGGGCCGCUUGGUUUACCGGUACGGAGGCGAGCCGGUCGGCGCAUUCAUCCAAUCGCGGCACCGGCCUUUGGUGCCGAGUAUAGCGCACGCUCUGUUUCUCGAUCAAACCCACGAUAACCCGAGCCCUGUGGAAAAGCGUAGUCUAUUUGAUUUGAUGCCCAGCGCCGCGCUGGUGUCCAUGGCCUGUUGUGCCAGUGGCAGCAACCGCGGAUACGAUGAACUUGUUCCUCAUCAUAUCCACGUUGUUGACGAGGAUAGGCAGUACACGUCGUGGACGGAUGACGAAAAAUUGGCGGUGGAAAACGUCAAGUACGUGAGCGCGAACUCGGGUAUUAUAAAAGCUAAAAAGGCUUUCAAUGAUUUGCACUUCUGGCUUGGAAAAAAUAACUUCCCGCAGGUCUUUGUCGAUCAAAUGGACGUCGAUAUCGUUGCUGUCACGAGACACUCGCCCACGACUCACCAGAGCGUUGUACUUGUUGCAUUUACGGCUUUUCAACAUCCAGAUCCAAAUGCGACGGAUUUGAGGAGACACGUCCGACCCCUGAGGGUCGAAGGUGUGAUCGAGGAAAUCAUUCUUGAAUCCACUUUGGUACAUGAGGGGGUCAAAAAUGGCGUCUCACCCUUUCGUCAUCCGGAAAAGUUUGUCAAGAGCAAGGAAUACAUUAAUGGUUACUCCGAGUACAAAGUCAGUGUUCGCGAGCACAUUCAGGUUUGUGAUUCCAGCAUUGUGGAGAAAGUCGAUUCCGGAGAUCCAAAAAUCACGCAGUUGAACUUUGUCAACUUCCAACCUGGCUCUGUGAUAGCCAUCAGAGUGUCACUCCACGCGAAUACAAAGCCAGCUCUCGAUAAGAUGAACGACCUCAUACACAGUCUUACGUCCACCGAUAACUCGGAUUUGCGCUCAAUCGUGUCCCGGAUGAGUUUUGCCGAUCUCAACCGAGCGCUUUAUCGAUGCGAUGAAGAAGAGCGAGACGAAACUGCCAACAAAUUCGGCGUUUACGCAAUACCUGGCUACGGGCCAUUGGUUUAUGCCGGAAUACAAGGUGUUAUAUCGCUACUCGCCGACAUAAGAGCUCACAAUGAUCUUGGCCAUCCUCUGUGCGCCAAUCUUCGCCAAGGCAAUUGGUUGAUUGAUUAUACUUGGCAACGGCUCAGAGAGAACGAAGGCACGUUCGCUCUAAGUGAAUGGCUAGAGCAGGCUUCGGAGCCGUUCAAGUUGAUUCCUCGUUACUUGGUGCCAAGUUACUUCGAUGUGAUGAUUGUUAACGUAUAUUUCAUCCUAAUCGAACACUGUUUCGCUUCGAUGUCAGAUUUCGUGAGGGAAGGCACCGAUUUUACGAGACUUCUGUCACUUGUUUCCUUGCAAGUGGGUGGUAUUGUGAAAUCCGCACAGCUGCCGGAAUUGUCGCCGAAUUUGGAUCCACCGAAACCAAAAGUUUGUGAAAUCGAUGGCAAACAAGAGCAAGAGUGUCUGACGCUCUCUGCUGGACUGCCUCACUUUACGGUGGGAUACAUGCGCAAUUGGGGAAGAGAUACCUUCAUAGCCCUCCGUGGCUUGUUUCUCCUCACAGACAGACACGAGGAGGCUCGAUUCAUUAUUUUGGGCUUUGCAGGCACGUUACGUCACGGACUGAUCCCAAAUCUCUUGGAUAAAGGAAUCAACGCUAGAUACAAUUGUCGAGAUGCCGUUUGGUGGUGGUUGUACACCAUUCAAUGUUACGUAAAAGAAGUUCCCGACGGUAUUAACAUUUUGUCGGACAAAGUAUCUAGACUGUACCCAACGGAUGACUCCCCAGCACUGCCAGCCGGCAAAGUGGAUCAGCCUCUCCACGACGUGAUGCAGGAAGCCCUGUCGGUACACUUUCAAGGCCUGUGCUUCCGCGAGCGUAACGCCGGCCGGCGAAUCGACGAACACAUGACCGACCGAGGAUUCAACAAUCAGAUUGGAGUGCAUCCAGAAACGGGUUUUGUAUUUGGUGGCAGUGAUGCCAAUUGCGGCACUUGGAUGGACAAAAUGGGCUCGAGCGAGAAGGCUGGUAAUAAGGGCAAACCAGCCACACCCAGGGACGGCUCCCCUGUUGAAAUCGUGGGUCUGUGCCACAGCACACUACUGUUUUUGGCAGAGCUGCACAAACAGAACCUCUUCCCUUACGGAAAAGUGGAACGAAAAAGUCGGGAUGGCGUUGAAAUCACUUGGAGCUACAAACAGUGGGCUGACAGGAUAAAGGAAAACUUUGAAAUGUACUUUUACGUAAACGAAAAACCGACCGAAGAUGACUUGAAGCCGGAAUUGAUCCAUCGCCGAGGAAUUUAUAAAGACACUCAUGGAGCUUCACAACCAUGGGCCGAUUACCAAUUGAGGCCUAACUUUCCAGUGGCGAUGGUCGCUUCUCCUGAGCUGUUCAAUCCAGCACACGCCUGGACGGCCUUGAAAAAGGCCGAGGAGAUCCUUUUGGGGCCGUUGGGUAUGAAAACGUUGGACCCGGCAGACUGGGCCUACGAUGGUUUCUACAACAACUCCAACGACUCGAACGACCCCAAGCUCGCCCACGGCUGGAACUACCACCAAGGUCCCGAGUGGCUCUGGCCGAUUGGAUACUUCUUACGAGCGAGGCUACACUUUGCCCCCCUCGUUGGAGGUGAGGCCGAGCUGAGGCGCACUAUCGCAUCCACGGAGACUAUUAUCUCGAGACACCUUACCGAAGCUUCUACUAACCACUGGCGUGGUCUACCCGAGCUCACCAAUCGCGAUGGAGAGUACUGCCACGACAGUUGUCGCACGCAGGCUUGGAGUACCUCGGCUAUUCUCGAGGUCCUCCACGAAUUGAGCAGUCUAAAAAAGGAGCUCGGUCUUCUUACAAACUGAUGCAACUCCGCGUGUGUUCGCCAUCAAUCCCAUCAGCACCCGCACCUAGAUCAUUGCACCAUAAGCCUAGACAAUCAGCACGAGGACGCGUCCGCGAGCCGCGAGUUGGCCUUCUUAAUGAGCACCCGGAGAGCCAGCAGAAGCAGCAGCGGUUGCGACGAGUCCUCUAGCCACCAAUAUCAACUACUACCCAUGCACACGGAGACACACGCAUCCUUUCAUCGAAACAGCCUCGAAGAUGUCCCACCACCGCCCAGUCCCUCAUCCUUAUCUUCUCUCUUCGAGCAAUUUCAACACCAGCGUUUCAUCCCGUCCGAUCUUUUACUCUUAAACGGUUCGAUCGAGCACCCGACGAGCAGCGAGAUUGAGUUAGAGAGCUCACCCGAGUGGUCAACGAGAUACAACGUGAGCAGUCCAGUGUACAGUGACCGGUACAUACGCGGAAAUCAGCCUCUCCUGGCCAAGGAAAGGUACCUGCUACAGACGAGCCGAGCGAGCGUCGUAUCAAAGUUCUCGGUUCCAAGCAGUAGCGAGGACGAGCCGGCCGACUUUAUGCCGGUCUACAAGCUGGAAAAACCCAACGCUGCCGGCAUAUUCUACAAUGCUGGGCCCAUGCUGGGUGACGAAGCCGAUCUCAAGUCCUGUCUCUGGCCGAGUAUUGUGCUCGUAGAUGGUCCACAGCGACAAUCGUUUCGCAGUGCCAAUAAAACCGGCAAAGUGACCGGCGUCCGGUGCCGGCUUCUGGACAAAGGUUACAGUCGAAUAUCCGAGAGAGGCGCGUCGAACAACAAGGGCAGCGCGGCUCUCGACUUCAAGCUCAAUAUCGUCGACUAUGAACUCGUGACUUGCAACUGGACUGCUGGUCUGGCUGAUACAACUUCCCCUGUCGGAGGAAUCGCGGAGGAUGCGCAGAACGAACAAAAUCACUGUACAAGUCUGCUGAUGCUCGAGCCGCUUCUGUUUGUACAGCCAAUAGACAGAACGACCGACAGGAGUGCGAGAAACGUUAAAAGGCGUCUCGCGCACUCUGAGCAGAUCAAACUCGCGAGAAUCAUCGUGGCUUACGCUGUGGCUUUCUUUAUACUGAUGAGCAUAACCUUUUACGUCGUUUACUUCGCUUGAUGCGCGUUUAUACGCGAGCGAGUGCAACGAAUUCGACUUAUUCGAAUCUUUUAUGUCGAAAAACAUAUAUUUUUUUAGGUCUUUACUCUUGCGAACGUAAAGACGUCGGUAUUUUUUGGAGGAAAGUAUGAAUAGAGAGUCGCUAUAGGCUCGAUCGAGAUUUUAAGAGGUUUGAUCAACAGAUGAUUGAUCGAUUGAAUUUUCGCUUUCCGUUAUCGCAAAGACUGCGGUUAAUUUGAAUUUGAGAUUGAUUUUACUUCAACUAACUUAUUCGUUUUCUCUGUGACAACCCAAUAAUUUUUUUAGCUGGAAUAUAAGUUCACCUAAUGAUGUAAAGAUUUUAAGAGCACAAUUGGAAACAUUAAACGUUGCAAGAAUUUUUAUGAUAUGGUGAGUUGAAAAUCAGUGUAUUGUUGACAAAUAUAAAUGGUAAUCAAGAUCACAUGAUUUUUAAAAAAGCACCCAUGGAUUUAUGGUUUCAUGUAUUUUUUUUUAUCAAUUAGAUUUUACGACAGAUAUAUGAAUAUGACGUUCAUACAUUUGAUGUUUUAUAAUUUACUAAGCUGUAAAAUUAUUCAUUUUAAGUUUUAUGAACUGAAAAUCUUGUUAAAUGUUAGCUUAAUACCGUUGAAAAUUUUAUAAUCACACGAACUGUGUAUAUAAAAAA